AUGAAGUUCCGCAUCCCUCCUUCCAGCUACAACCGUCCCUCCAAAGACGAGAGCGCCGGUACCUCGUUCGAGAACCCACUAGUUGACUUCCGCGCCCAACUCGACUUGACCGCCACGCGCUACUAUGCUUUGGAUCCGACCAACGGUAUCAUAAAAACUACCUUGGCAGGCAUAACUGAGUAUCACGCGAAAGGUUUUGCUAUGCUUAACAGUUACGGUUUGCGCUUGGAAGUCUUUUCCAGAAGUGGUCGCAACGCAGUCGGUUUUGUUGUCAAGCAAGCCCAGGGAGGCAAAAAGGUUUUGUCCCGCCUGAAUGACCGGGAGUGGGAGUUCAUCGAUGCGAAGACUGCCUUGUUAGAGGCGGCCACCAACGACACUAUUCACUAUGACGUUCAGAUUAAGUACUUCAAGCGCCGCAUCCAACCUGAGCAGAUUGAAGGUCUAUACGAUGGUCUUUCCGACGAUGAGGAAGCCGCUCCGGCUUCGGGUAGGAUCGCUACUUCCUAG